CUUCUGUCCAGGUGACGCGCACAGGGACGGGCUUCAGUUGACACGAGCUUGAGAAGAAUUACUGACGUUUUGUUUGUUUUUGGCAUAAUGAUAUUUAUAAUAUGCCUCCCAAGAAACAGCACAGUACUGCGGACGUGAUCGACGUCAUUUUUGGGUCCAGUGAUGAGAACAGCGGAUCUGGAUUGGAAAGCGCAUUUACCAGUAACGAGCAUAAAGAGGACAGUGCUGGAGACACUGAGCCACAGGAAACUGAAAGUCUGUCCAGCCUGUUUGUUCAGCGGGACAUCUCUGCUGAGCUGAAGAGUCUGAGCGAUCUGGUUAAUCAACAAGGAACAACAUUACUGGAGCUGAAAUCAGAGCUGCUGAAGAUGCAGAAAGAGAACACAGCACAAGAAACAGAGCUCUCUGAUAUGAAGACCAGACUAGCGGUCAGUGAGCAAGAGGUGGAAAACCUGAAGAAGGAGAACACAGAGAGGCCGAAGGUGGCGUUCUCAGCUGCUCUGACUGAUUCUGGAACAGUGGGACCGUUCAGUGUUCAGACUCAACUGGUCUUCAAAAAAGUAAUCACAAAUGUUGGCAAAGCUUACAACUCAAACACUGAAGUUUUCACAGCUCCAGUGAAGGGAAUCUACUAUUUCAGGUUCACGGCUCUGGGCUUCAUGCACUCCAAUGCCAUGUCUGUUAAUUUACAUAAGAAUCAGCAAACUCUAAUGCACAUUGGUUCUUAUAACACCCACGGGUAUCAUGAGUUUAUAAGCAGUGGCCUCACGCUGGAGCUGGAGGUGGGAGAUGAGAUUUACACCAGUCUAUCAGCAACCUACAAACUUUAUGAUAACUCAAAUAACUCAACAACUUUUACGGGCUUUCUGCUUUACCCUGUGUGAGUGCCUUUCAUGGUAAACUCACAGAACAAAUUAUUUAAAAAAAAAAAUUGAAGGCUUUUUCAUGAGUUUUUCCAUGUGAUCAAUUUUACACAGCAAAAUUAACAUAAAUAUAGAUGAUUUUAACUUUUUUUUUAUGUAAAAAAUGGUAAGUGGGUUGUUUUGUGUUUUUUAAAAUUUGUUCAUGUUAAACAGACAUAGAAGUUUUUAUAUUUAAGCCCCUGUACUAAAGCAGUAGAUGUUUGAAUUUGGUUGUGGCCACUGUAAACGAGUAGCAUCCAUCUGUAGCAUAAACUUUAACAUCCAUCAUGCAGACUUUCAGAAAUGAGAAUAGGUAAGAAAUCAACUCUCACUAAAAAACUGCAGUACUGUAUAUAAAUACAGUAUAUACUGUAGUACCCUAUUGCCUGUGGGUUGUUCUUUAGGACUGUAAAAAUAAAAUAUGUCUCAAUUAUUUGGGAAAUGUAUUCGUACCAUAAGUUCCUAAACAGUAUUUACAUUAUUUAACUGUUAGUAUAGUUAAUUCUUUUAAUAUCUGAAUUGGCCAUGCUAGGCGAUAUUUACCUGCUGCUUGUUCAGGGAAAACAGUGCUUGUGAUGUGGAUGAGAUGCUGUGGCCAGACCAAAACAGUUUUUUGUCUGUUUUAAAUUCUUCUGUUGUUUUGUAUGUAGACCACACUGUACAUGCAGCUGUGUGUUGGCUGGGAUGUACAUUGUGUACAUUGUUUUUGUGGUAAAAUACAAAUAUAUAUAUAUAUAUAUUUGUGUGUUCUGAGUAUAAAAACAACAUUCUAAAAUAUUUUACAACACAGUU